UGGAUAGGAUUAUUUAAAUGUACAAAGUGCAUCAAAGUGGUCCCCUAUCCUUAGAUUUGUGUCCUAACGACCCCUUCUGGAUAAAGUUUGGACACUCCUGGGCUCCAGGAAAUGUGAGGAGAGAUUGGUGUGCUUCAUUCUUUGUCAUUAGGCCUCACAGCUCAUUACAUUUCAAUUUCGUUUGGACAAGUGAUUCAUAUUGCUGUUAAAUCCAAUCCAACACAACAACGGCUAGCAGAAGUCUGCCAUUUGCAAAGCAAAUAAACAAACGAAGAGAAUCAACUCUGGUGCACCCACCCAAACACAACAGCACUUCCACAAGGAAGAAGCUACAGGACCGUGUUUACAAAAUCCUCAUUAAGGAAGUUGUGAGAUACACACAGUUGAGGGCACGCACACACACACCCACACCCACACACACACACACUACAAGCAGAGAGCAGAGCCCACCAUAUCGUAGAUAAGAGACUGCGAGAAAAAGCUGGGUCGACAGAGCAAAGCACAGAAAGAGCAUCAGACACCACAGAGAUGAGUCAAUGGACGCCACUAAGAAGCUGUCACUGCCUUCGGACCUGCUGCACCAUACGUGAAAAGGUGUGCUCGGUGAGCACUGCAAGGUGGCGUGUGACUCACACACGGCCGCAGAGAACACAGCAAAGGUCAACAACACUUUUUAUUGACGGGGACUGCAGAACGCAAAUUGCGGAAUUUUUUAUCUCCAUGGCGAGCAUUUUAUUUUAUUUAUUGGGAACUAUUUGCAGCACCAAAACUUUUCUCUUGCUUUGGGCCCUCCUGUUGCUCCACGGGCCUCUCUGCGGACAGAGCAGCCCCAUCUCCAAUACGGACCGGAGGCCUCGACCAGCUACGGGGACACGGGACGUCCUGGGAGGGGCGGCCAACCCGUCCCAUUCGGAGCAGGAGAGCAAUCCGAACAGGCAGGGGGUCCUGGAGAGCUUGAAAGAGCAGUUUUUGCAGACGUUCAACCUGUCCGGCCUGGGUCCGCCUCCACUGCCACCUGGAAGCAUACGAGAGGAGCCACCGGAGUACAUGAUGGAGCUCUACAACCGCUUCGCCAACGACCGCACCUCCGAGCCCGUUGCCAGCAUCAUCCGCAGCUUCAAAAACGAGGAUUUGUCUUCAAGUGCCGUAGGUGUCGGAGGCGUAAGGCGCCACCCACUUCUCUUCAACGUGUCCGUCCCCCACCACGAGCGCAUCACGGCCGCCGAGCUCCGCCUCUACACCCUCGUCCAGACUGACCGCCGUUUGUACGCCGGUGUGGACCGCAGGGUCACCAUCUACGAGGUGGUACCCGGUGACGGAGAUGACAACGCCACUCAUGAGAACGUUCUCGUAGAGGUAGGGGCGGAGAAGGCCGUGGCGCUGGUGGAGUUGGCUUCACGGCAAGUGUUCGGCACGGACGACGGCUGGGAAGCGUUUGACCUCACCUCUUCCGUCCUGCGGUGGCGUACGUCCGAGCGCGGCACCACGCACCGAUUGGAGGUGCACAUUGACAGCAUGGCACUUGAGGUCGAGGCUCAAGGGCUCAGGGAGGAAAACGAAAUAGAGAACUCGGCAGGAAACAUGAAGAUCGACACCAGCAACAAGGAAAAGCACAAACCUCUGCUGAUUGUUUUCUCCGAUGACCAAAGCAGCGACCAUCGAGAUAACAAGCGUGAGCUGAGUGAAAUGAUUGACCACGAAGCCAACGUCAUCCUCCAAAACGACGUAGAGAACGACUUGUGGGGCGGGUAUGACGCCGACGACGAGUCAGAGCCGGACGAAGCGGACCUGAUACAAAUGCGCUCCAAUCUGAUCUACGAUACGACCUCACGUAUCCGCCGCAACGCCAAGGGCAACCAUUGCAGGAGACAACCUCUCCAUGUGGAGUUCAAGGACAUCGGCUGGGACAGCUGGAUCCUCGCGCCCAGCCACUACGACGCCUACGAGUGCUCGGGGACGUGCUCGUUUCCGCUGACAAAACACGUCACGCCGACUAAACACGCCAUCGUCCAGACACUGGUGAACAUCAACAGUCCUCAGAGGGCGGCGCGGGCGUGUUGCGUGCCCACCAAGCUGGAUCCGAUCUCGCUUCUGUACCUGGACGACACAGGUGUGGUCACGUACAAGCACAAGUACGAAGGCAUGGCUGUAGCCGAGUGUGGCUGUAGAUAGUCGACGCUCUUGGAAAGAGACAAGCAAGUGCAUUGACCGUUGUGUCAGGUGUUGUCCGGAGUAUUCUGUACAUUGUAUUUAUUAUGAAGAAUAGUUGCCAAGUUUCCAACACAGUGGAGAUGAGGUCUCACAACUGAAAUGUUGUUCGGAACUAAACACAUUCUUCAGGGUUCUGUGGGAACUAGUGGGCCAGUGCUCCCCCCCCCGCCCCGCUUCGUCCCCCAUGACAUGUGUUUCCCUCCACUUAUCACUUGAUGCAAACACUAAUCAGCACUUCAGUGAAAUGACCUCCUUAAGGCAACCUGAACUCUCCAAGCCCGCCUCCUGUGGCCUCCUGAUACGUAGGCACCACGCAAGGAGUCCGACUGGCGAGGUUAUCUAUCCAAACCCGGUUUCCCACUCGGCAUGCCUCCAUCCCCCCCGUCCCCUCACGGCAAAGCUACAGUGAUAGCAAGGUGUUUGCGGCUGAGAAACAUGUAUUCCACCCAUCAGACAUGGACGCCAUUCCAGGCAAGGUUUGAGGUGGUGGGAUGGGGCACGGAACAAGGACCACAUUCCUGGGGAGUCUUAACUCGCUGACCCGGCCGGCACCAUCUCCUUCCAGUGCGUUUCUAGCUCCGGAGUUGGGUCAUCCAUCACUAUUUUGGGGUCCUUAUCAGCCGUGGAGCAGAAAAAGAACAGCAGUGUUGAGUUUGCUCGUCUUUUGUAAUAAGGCUUUUGAUAGCUCUGCUGCUUGGAAUAAAUGACCGACUAUUUAUUGCUCUAAUUUAUUAUUAUUUUUGAUAAAACAGAUGACUAUAUAUGUAAAUGUUCUAUGUUACCCAAUGUUGAGCAUCCAAUAAGACUAUAAGGUUGAAUCUCAUUGUUUGAGUUAAUAUAGGGCAGGGGUCGGCAACCUUUACCAGUCAAAGAGCCAUUUUGACCAAUUUCACAAAUUAUAGAAAACAAUGGGAGCCGCAAAAAAAAUUUUAAAUUUUAAAUGAAAUAACACUGCAUAUGAAGUUUUUUUUUCUGCUUUGUGCUAUGUAUAACCAGGGGUCUCAGACACGCUGCCCACAUUUUUUGAUAGCUGGUGCGGCACGC